AUGGACGGUCCCUUAGCUCCUUUUCAAGACAGGCGUGGCGAGGGAGAUGAACACGCAUAUCUCGCCCUCCAGGAGCGAGGACGCCGUGUCCGGGUUCAAGCCCGUGCUAUCCUCAAAGCUUGCGUCCUGGAGUUGGGCGUGGAGGGGUGUCACCCUGGGAAGGUGUGGUGUGCUGUAGCAGUUGGAGCUGUGAGGUCUGGAAGGCACCAGCGCUGUGAAGUCUGGUGGGUGGUGGUGGGGUGGAUGCGGCUGUUGGGGGUCCGUCAUUUGCAUAGCCCCGCCCUCCCCCGCACGCUUCAGAACGUUUGGGUUCCGGUGGCAGUUUGGAGUGAAGCCGAUUUCAGCUCUUCAAGCAGCAUGGGUGGUAUUUCAGCGCCUGAAGUCCACGUGUCUGCUGCUGGAAGCAAAAGAUCUUCUUUUUCUCUCAACCGUGGCCCUUAUGGUCGGAAUAAUGGAUCCUUAUCCUACAAGUCCAGAGCCAGCCCACCUGCUUCUCGUGAAAAGGACCCUUUGUCAAGACUGGGCAAAAGCCAGCUGUGUCCUGCUAACGUCCGCCAGAAUUACGGGGCUUCUUCAGCCAGCAGGAGCAAGCCAGGCUCAUGCAAAGGAAGCGACAGCAGCUCAGUGAUGAGGCAAGAGCGAUGUUAUGUGAUGGUUUGAUUUUUCUUUCUUGUCACCAUUUCUUGUGGUGACAAUCACAGUGUGAAGCCAGAAAAUCCAGAGCAGUGCUUGACUCCUCUGCAGCAGAAGGAACUUACAGUGCAGCAUUGGAAAACAAAGCUGAAGGAAUCUGAGAGCAAACUUAAAGAAAGGGAAAUGGAAAUAGAAGAACUCAAAGCUCAGCUGGGACGGAUGAAGGAAGACUGGGUUGAGGAAGAGUGUCAUCGUGUGGAGGCAGAGCUGGCCGCCUUGGAAGCAAGAAGGGAAGUUAAACAACUCAAGCAGGUUAUUGAAAGCAUGAAAAACAGCUUGGCUGAGAAAGACAAAAAAAUGCAGCAAUACUUCAUAGACAUUAGCAUUGAAAACAAGAAACUGGAAUCUUUGCUGCAGAGCAUGGAGAUGGCUCAGAGCAGCUCUGUGAGAGAUGAGCAGUGCCUGGAGCACAGGUGUGACUCAGAGGGGAAGCCGUUGGUGGUGUGUGCCACAAUGCCAGACAGCCUCACCACAGAGGACCAAGCUCUGAAGGAGGUGGCAGAUAGUGGGCUGCUUUUUAAUGAGGGCACAGCUAACGGGACUGAUUCCUGUGAAGACAGUUUCACCACCAUAACCUCUGAGUUGAGUGAUCCAGCUCCCUCCAGUUCUGCUGUGAAUCAAGAGAUGCUUGAAAGUGUUCUGGAUGAGAAACUAACUUCUUUCCAGGAGGAGGAGAAAGUCAGCAACGUGAUGGUGGAACAGGCCAUCCAGACUGGCGUGGUGGCAUCUAGCCUAGAUGUGGAGCAGCUCAUUCAAAACAUCUUCAGAGCUCAAGACGCCUGUCCUCUAAGCCCACCGUCUUCACUGAAGGAACUGGGUGAAUUUUCUCCUGGAAGGUUCAGUGACUCUGGUAUCGUAGUGGACUUAACUCCAAGUCAUCUAAACGCUGCCAUCCUUUUGUCACCUAUGGAGUCUCCAUGCAGGAAGGUGGAGCACGGAGUUAAUGAAAACCAUUUCGUGAAGGAACGUGAUUUUACAGAACCUCAUGAUGAUGAAGCCUUUGGGUAUGCAAGACAGGAAUAAAGAAGAGAUACUGUAGCAGCCCCUGUUGUACCAACUAUCCUGUGGGCUUUCCAUACUCGGAGAGGAGGAACAGAUCCCGUUUACAGUAUUGGAGCAUUGCUUCGUGUUUGCGGCCUGGUGGCCCUGCACUCUACACCAUACACCCUUCGAGAUGAAAACCUGAAGUCCACUCCAUCCCCGGGCACCGGCUGGCUGAGGCAGAGAGAAAGAGGGACGGGCUGUUGCCCUCCUGCCGAAGGCAACCGGGACUCCGCCCGGCCCCAACACCGCCAUGGCAACGGCCAAGGGCCGGGCGCCGGCAGGGGAGGGAGGCGCCGCCUUCGGGACAGGAGGGCGGACACGGAGGCGGAGGCGGAGGGGCCCGGGGCGCUCAGCGCCCGGACGGCCCCGCUGAGGAGCCGUGGCCGCCUGCGGUCCCCCUGCGUCUGCCGGCUGGCUGGAGGGGACAGCCAGAGAGCACGGAGAGAGCCCAGGCCUGCCAAAGGCUUCACGAGCUCACACGGCUUCGGCAGGGAGCCUCUGCCCCAGCACCACAGAGACCAGCUGCGCUUCCCUCAUCUCUGGGGGCACGGACACUGCAGAGGCCCGGCUAGCAGGGCCUUAUCCCAGAGCAGGAACAGCCGCGCAGGGACAGCCUGCAAUGGCCACGGCAAGCACGCGCGGGAAUUGCCUCCAACGCACCCUCCUCCCAGCUCCAGCACGGCCACAUCCCUGCGGGGGUCACCCUGA